AAUUAUAAGGUCAUUUGAAUUACGCCUGCCUGUCAGCUUACCGGCUACAAUGAACCGAGGAUGAUAAAAAUUAUUGCGACAAUGAACGGAUGAUGAUAGUGGGGUCAAAGUCUACGUGUACUGCCAGGCCGUUUUGGAGGAGCAGCAGCAGGUCGUUGCUCGGUUGACAACAAGAGGGAUCCCAGUGCGUGUGUCUGUCUGUGUGCGUUUCUGUGAGCCUCUAUCCGGCCAAGCUAACGGUGGUGAAGAGCCGAGGGGGCGACCAGGCUAGCCUAUAAGCCGAUCAAGGUGGAAUUGCUCUCAGCGAGUUUCACGUUUGGGAUAUCUGCGCACAUAAAUGCUGUAACUGUACGAAGGAGGUGCAAGGAUGAUGCGUCUAGCAUGUUGCACAGCCCUGCUGUUUGUGUUGAGGCUGCUGGUGGGCCUGCCUUGGUACCAAGUUCUUCCGGCCAUCCUGAUCUUCUACCUUGGAAGCGGAGGGUGGAGCUUUGUGGAUGUUUUUGUUAACUCAGUUGGCAGAGACUUGCAUGCUGCAUAUGUGUUAUUGCGGGUGAAGCUGAAUGUCAAACGCCACCUAAGAGAGAAGAACACUAUUCCUAAGAUCUUUUCAGAAACAGUGCAGCGCUAUGGGGACAAAACGGCUCUCAUCUUCGAGGGAACGGGAGAAAGAUGGACUUUCCAUCAGCUGGAUGAGUACUCCAACAAAGUGGCCAACCUGCUGCUGGAACGUGGUUUCAGGGAGGGUGAUGUUGUGGCCCUUUUCAUGGAAAACAGGUCCCAGUAUGUGGGCCUCUGGUUGGGCAUGGCUAAGAUCGGAGUAGAAGCCGCUCUCAUCAACUUCAAUUUGAGACUUGAGGCCUUGGUCCAUUGUGUUACCAUCUCCAAUGCCAAGGCUGUGGUGUUUGGGUCUGAGCUUACUGAUGCGGUGUCUGAGGUCCACAGUUCAAUGGGGAAGGCGGUGCAGAUGUUUUGCUGUGGAGAUUGGGAUCCCAAACGUGUUCCACAGGGAACUGAGUGCCUGGAACCCCUGCUGGCUGGAGCACCUUCUUAUCUGCCUCGCCGGCCGCAACGCUGCUUCACAGAUCGUCUGUUUUACAUCUACACAUCAGGAACCACUGGGAUGCCUAAAGCUGCUAUUGUUGUGCACAGCAGAUACUACCGCAUGGCAGCUUUGGUGUAUUAUGGCUUCAGGAUGACACCAGAUGACGUGCUCUAUGAUUGCCUCCCACUCUACCAUUCUGCAGGAAACAUUGUGGGAGUGGGUCAAUGCAUAAUACACGGCAUGACUGUAGUCAUUAAAAAGAAGUUCUCUGCAUCGCGUUUCUGGGACGAUUGUGUCAAAUACAACUGCACUAUUGUGCAGUACAUAGGUGAGAUCUGUCGGUAUCUACUGAAUCAGCCGGUUCGGGACACAGAGCAACAGCAUCGUGUUCGCAUGGCGCUGGGCAAUGGCCUGCGCCAGUCCAUAUGGGAGGAGUUCAUGAACCGAUUCAAGAUACCACAGAUUGCAGAGUUCUACGGAGCCACAGAGUGUAACUGCAGCUUGGGCAACUUUGGCAACAAGGUUGGAGCAUGUGGCUUUAACAGUCAAAUUCUACCCUUCGUCUACCCCAUCAGACUGGUGAGGGUUGAUGAGGAGACCAUGGAGCUCAUUAGGGGACCAGAUGGUGUCUGCAUUCCUUGUAAACCUGGUGAGCCUGGCCAGCUUGUUGGCAGGAUCAUUCAGAAUGACCCUCUUCGCAGGUUUGACGGCUACGUCAACCAAACGGCAACCAGCAAGAAGAUUGCUCACAGUGUUUUCAAGAAGGGAGACAGUGCCUAUCUUUCUGGUGACGUGUUGAUCAUGGACAAGUAUGGCCACAUGUACUUCAAGGACCGAACAGGAGACACUUUCCGCUGGAAAGGAGAGAACGUCUCAACAACCGAGGUGGAGGGAACUCUCAGCAGGCUGCUAGACAUGAAGGAUGUAGUUGUUUAUGGAGUAGAAGUGCCAGGAGCAGAGGGAAAGGCUGGCAUGGCAGCUAUCGCUGAUCCAUCUCAGACCACCGACCUGGAGAAGUUUUUAAAAGACAUGGAGAAAGUUCUCCCUCCGUAUGCCAGACCUGUCUUCCUCCGCUUCCUUCCAGAGGUCAACAAGACAGGAACGUUUAAGUUUCAGAAGACGGAAUUGCGCCGAGAAGGCUUUGAUCCCACUGCAGUGACAGACAGACUGUACUUUCUGGAUUCCAGCAGAGGGCGCUAUAUGCAGCUGAAUGAAGAGCUUUACCGCUCCAUACUGACAGGGAAACACAAAUUGUGAUGACCAGGCUGACCACUACAUCAGCACAUGUACACACUGACAAAAACACAUGUAUAAAUGCAAAAAGGAAAAAAAAAGGAAGACAUUAUUGUGUGCCCAGAUUAACAGGAAGAAUUUGCCCCCAUAAACACAAAUGCUAAAGUAAUAGCCAUACACAUGAGGCCAAUGUACACAAAUUCAUAUUUUACUCCCAAACCCACUUUGUUCUUUUAAAAAAAAGGAAAAAAAGGUAUGCAUGGCACAUGCUCCAUUUUAUCCAUUCCUCCUGAAAUCUCCACAACAUCUCUCGCUACCUCAGCAAACACAGAGAGAGAGGCACAAACACAACCAGGUUUAGUUAAUAACUUGAAACCCCUUCUUUACCACACAGCCCUGAAACAACCCUACCCAUCAAUGCUGGUCCAUCAUACCAAAUGUUUUGCUGGGGAUUGAUGAGGAGAACAGGCUGCCUAACACUCAGAAUGCAAAAACUUAAAACUCCAGAUAAAUACAAACUUGAAGGAGAGUGAAGAGGAACAGAGUCAGUACUGCACAUGAAGUGUGUGGGACAACAGAGGGACCUAUCUGGACCUUAACCAUCUUUCUUCAUUGUUAUUAGUGAGAUUAUUUUGUGAAAGAGGGCUCUACUUUUUACUUAACCUGCACAGCCAGCCAGAAAUGACCUCCCCUGUGUGAGUUUCACCUGAUCUCAGUAUGCCCUUUAAAUUUCUGGGCAUCUUUGUUUUGCUUUCCAAAGGGUCCAAGCUUUUUUGGUUAACAGAGAACAACACAAGGAUGUGAGGAAAGCCAUUUUAUUAGAACAGUGGUUGAAGCUUAUAUGUGCAAUAAAGCCUCCAGCAUAUGCAGUGCAAUAAUCAGCUGCAAAACAUGAAAUCCGAUAUAUUUUUAAGGUGUUUAUUUGAAUAUAUCUGCAAUAUACCAAAUAUUUUUAAGUUGUUUAGAUAUUAUAGAAAAUAUGGACUUUUGAAUAAUUUAUUUAGUUGUAGAUUGUUGGGUUUUUUUUUUUUUGUUUGUUUGUUUUUUGUAUUUAAAAUGUCUUUUUUGGCUUUAUUUACAUCCAAAUCUGUGUCAUUAGCUUUUUAAGUCCUUCAAAAAAAAAAAAAAAAAGCUGCAGAAUGUUUUUUUUUUUUUUGUUUUUGUUUUGUUUUUUGUUUUUUUGUAUCAGCUGCUGGAGCACAACAUGAUCAGACCGGAAUGAUUCAACCCUGAGCUAAAUAGAUUGGUAAUUUCAACAAACAUGACUUGUUCACAAACUGAGCUGCUGUAUGCUACAGUUAUGUGGCCAUAUUGUGCAGGUUUUGUCUAAAAAGGUAGAUUUUGCCUUUCUUUGGGUGUCUGUAUAUUCUUCUAAGACACAAGAAGAGGACUUCUCUGACGAGAGAAAACUGCUGGAUCAGUGUUGACUGGAUCUGGUCCUUGAGAAGGAUGUUUUAGUGUAUUGGGGGAGAGCUGGACCAUCCAAAGAUUCAGAGGCAAGAGUAGGAACAUUUGAAUUGGAGUGGAUGCUAAUGUUAUUGUCCAUUGUUUGCCAUAGCUGUCAUCCAAGGUUGUAGCAGCAUGAAUGAGCAUCGUCAACCAUAAGCAGAGCACUGUGCCUUACUGUGAGUUUACCUCCCAGAUUCACAGGCCCUGGCCCUCAUAAUUAAUCUCAGAGAUUUUCGCAUGUCAGACUGCUCUCAUGCAGCUUCUAUCUUCCAUGAUCUCAUCUGUUUAAAUGUCCAAGUUUUCAGUUAAAGAUGACUUGCAAAGCUACCCCAACCUUGUGUUAGCUUUGCAUGAUGCUUAUUCCAUGACAGCCCAGCAACUGGCACCUUCGAGCUGUGAAAGGAAAACUUUGUCUCAGGAGGUGAAAAUCAAAAUUUUGCAAGGCUGCUCUUAAACAUUAUCAAAGCUCCUUUGGUUUAAUGUGUGCUGUGUGAUUUGCUGUGUGUUUGUAAAUUGGGUUGUCUCAUAGAAAUGGUUUUGUGUUCCUUCACUCAGCACUUUUACUUUAAGCCUUUGUCUUAUUUCUGCCAACCAUCCAAAUCUUUUCCAGUCAUCCAUCUCUCCGCUCUGUGCACUCUUUCUGACUGUGGCUCUUCAUUCCUUCUAACAUGCAGCUCUGUUUUAUCCUCUGCGUCUCUGCCAUCUUCUCCAUCUUAUUGUGCUCAAACUGAUUCAGAUAAUGAAAGAAUAAAAAAAAAUGGUUGACUUAAAUUUCAACUUUUGACAUUGAUCAAGAAAUCCAACUAUAAAUCAUUUCAAGAAUCUUCUGCCAGUGUGUGUUGUGUUUGGUCUGUCAUUAUCCCCACUGAUGUUUCCUUACAUUUCAGUGAUCCAAUCCUAAACACAUCAUCAGACAGUUGUCAUCACUGUCUGUGUAGAAAGUUUUUUGUUUGUUUGUUUGACUGUAGUUCGAAGGACCUUAUCAUUCACAAAUUUCUCUGUGGAAGUCUUCAAGGUUACUUUGUACUCUGCAGACUGCUUCUUAAUAUUUUGAAACAUAUUUUCCAGCUUUUAUGUUGCACUGACUGACAGUGGAUUUUGAUGGCUGCAGUCUGCUAACAGCAACCGUCAAAAUUGUUCUCACCCAUCAUUUCCCCUUUUUGGG